CGCAUGCGUUAAAUCGAUGUGUACGGAAGAGCUGCAGCAACAUGAAGUAGAUUAUCAUUCUACACUCCAGCCCAGCAGGUGGCCUAGGUUGGCUUGCAAAACGCCAAUAAACACCAUAUGAAGAAGAAGAAGAAGAAGAAGAACAACAUAUGAAGUACUGAGCUGAAAUGUUCAAACACGUUUUCUUGACAGGACCACCAGGUGUGGGGAAAACCACUCUGGUCCAGAAGGCCUGUGAAGCUUUAGUGUCAUCAGGAGUGGGAGUUGAGGGGUUUUACACAGAGGAGGUCAGGGAGGGAGGCCGGAGAGUUGGCUUUGAUGUGGUCACAGUAAAAGGAGAGAGGGGCCACCUGUCCAGAAUCAGGUAGCAGGGUUGUCAUCCUAUCCAAAUCAGCCCACCCUGCUCUCGUAUCUGUUGCUUUGUUUUGACAACCCCCCCCCCCCCCCUUUCUUUUUUUAUUUAAAUGUCUCAUGGCAAACGGGAAUACACAGUUGGACAAUAUGUGGUUGACUUGCCUUCAUUUGAAAACCUGGCUCUCCCCCUCUUCAGAACUGCAGCAUCAACAGAUGGAGGCAGCAGGAAGGUGUUUGUCAUUGACGAGAUUGGCAAAAUGGAGCUCUUCAGCCAGUCGUUCAUCAGGGCGGUGAGGCAGACUUUAGAUAGCUCUUCCUGCACCAUCCUGGGCACCAUCCCCAUCCCCAAGGGUAAACCACUGGGUCUCGUGGAAGAGGUGCGGACCAGGGGCGAUGUCAAGGUCUUCACUGUUUCUAAGGAAAACAGAAAUGCGAUUCUACAAGAUAUUUUAGCAACACUACAGGAAUGUCUAAAACACACAACCUGAUGUGCCGAUUCAGAGCUGCUAGAAUGGGGGAAAAGACUGCAUUUGGUGUAUUUUUCUGACAGGUUUCAUGUUUGUCACUGCAUAUACAGUACACAGCCAGACUAUUCAGUGGAUGUACACACACUUCAUAACAGGGCUGUCACCUAACCUGAAGGCCAUCCGAGCUGCUGGAAGAGUUAGUGUGUCGUGGGGGUGUGUUUAUGUACACAAAUCAUUUUUUCAUUCUCAUGCAGCCUCAAAAUGGAUUGCAUGCUGAAUAAUUGAUUGUGAAAUGUAAAACAGCAGGAGAACUGUUCAGUUAGUGUCUGGAUACCCCGUAUUUUAUUUUAUUUUAGCUGUUGGUUUUACAGAGACUCCAGCAGACAUUUCUCAUUAGCAUAUAAUGUUAACUUGUUCAUAAGGGCAAGUGGUGUUGUUUUUUUUCUAUAAUUGGACAAUAAAAGAAGUCUCUGUUCAUUCGUUUGGUUCUUUGCUUAAUGAGCCUCCUCUGUGUUUGUCUUGUCUACCCAAGGAUGUGCUUGCUGAAAUUCAAUAAUUAUCAUUGUAACUAUGUCCAGUCCUUUCUUGAUUUACUCAUCCUCUAGCAUAAAACAGAGAAAAAUAAAC